AUGGGAAAUCAUGUCUGGUCUGGCAGUGAUACAUGAAUAUUGUUUGAAAUGUGUAAUAUAUAUCAUAUAUUUCUCCACAUGGAUUAAUAAGUGGGUUUUAUUUUGAUAAUCACAGCUAUUGCUGUUUGUAUAGCAGUAGCUAAUCUUGACCACAGACUCUAUAAUGACUGAAGGUAGUGAUGUCACUUUUUGUUUGUUACUACGUUUCCAUUCCCAUCCAGUCUGCCUUCUGAUCACAGCACAGCAUCCUAACCUGCUAUAGAAACAGUGAGGGCUCUUUAUCCACAGGGUGUAUAAGUGGUAUGUGAGUGUUAUUGUCAGCAGGUGUGUUCAUGUGAUGGAGCCCAGAGCUGGGAGCUUCUGUAUGACUGCUGUCUCUGGCUGCUCACUGGCGCCCUCUGCUGGCCUCAGCUGCACCUGGCUGAGGAUGUGACGACACAUCUAGUCCGGCAGAAAUAGAUAAACAUUGUUUAAAAUAUAAAAUGAAUAUGCAAACAUGUCAUUUAUUUCCUCUCUUUUAUCAACAAGGUUCCUUUUUAAUCUAGUUUAUAUUAACUGAAGGUAGUGAUGUAGUAAAAACAAAAAAGACAAGAUUUCCACGACCAUCCUUUGUGUAACAAAUAACCAAAGAUACAGCAUCAUGCAGAAUGGUCCAGUUUUCAUUAAUAGUGGGAAAACCACUCAUAUUCGUUUCAGUUCUGGAUGCUGUAGGAAGCAUUUCUGUAAAUACUGGGUGUGGUGCGUGACUCUUUGGGUUUGACCUCUGUGUCCAUGAGCGGAAGGUUGCUGGUUCAGAUCUCAUUUUGAGUCCCCCCCCCCCCACCAAACACUGAAUGCAAUUUCAGUUCAGUUCAGUUUUAUUUAUAUAGUGUGUUUUCACAACAUUACAUCAUCACAAAGCACUUUACAGCAUCCCUGCCCAAAGCCCCCAGUAAGCAAGUCAGAGGGGACAGUGGCAAGGAAUAUUACCCUAGAAAGAAGAAUCCUUGGGAGGAUCCAGACUGAAAGGGGGAGCCCAUCCUCCAGGGGGCAGCAGAGGAAGUCAAAUGAUCAAGAUGGCAAAGUCCUAAUUCACAUUAUCCCAAUCUUAACAUUUCAGUCACAAAGCGGGGGGCAGGGAGGUGAUGACAGGCAAGUGCUGGAGCUGCUUCAGAUGGCAGGGAGAACAGUAGUACGGCAGCAGGGUAAACAGGGAAGAUGUCACAGGCAGAAGGGUGAGCAGGCCGGAAGGACGUCACAGGUAGUGGAGACCUGCAGCAGGGUAGACAGGAUAUCUUAAAAAUGUGGGGUCUCCAGGCAGCACAGCCAGGGGGAGUAGGAGAAAUAAAAUGUGCAGUUAGCCAAAGUAGGGGAGACUAGAGGCAGUGCAAACAGUUAGGUGAGUGCAGUAUGUAAGCUCCGGCAGAUAUGGCAAUGGCAGCAUAAGUAGGAGGGAGAGGCAGGUGGGAACACAGGCAUGGGGAGUCCCUGAAUGUCAGCACUCCAAAUCCACAAGGGGGUGUGAAGCUUCUUUAAUCUGCACCGCUUCUGUUUAUCAAGCUCGUCCAAAGUAAAUUUCCUCAUCGCCAUCGUACAUGAAGGUAAAACAGUUUCCAAUCAUUUAGAUAGGUUUUCUCUGGCCUUUAGUGCUGUCCAGAAAGAAACAGAUUUGCUCAAGAGAGUAAACCUUGGUCCUACCUACAGGGGUGCUGGAGUCCAUGGAGGCCUGUGAGUCUUCCAAGUCAUCAGCCAAACUCUCUACGUCCUCAUGAUCUUUAUCAGAAUCCAGUAAGUGCAGGUCCAGCUCAGACUCGGGAUGUUCCGCUGCGGUGUGUCUACAGGUGGGUCAGUGCCGGGCUCAGCAGGAGCGGAGUCACUCACCGCGCCGCCGCCAGCAGGCCCUGCUGCGUCCGGGCCGGGCUCCUCUGCCAGCCCGCUGUGUCAGCGGGAGCGGAGUCACUCACCGCGCUGCCGCCAGCAGGCCCUGCUGCGUCCGGGCCGGGCUCCUCUGUCAGCCCGCCGUCUCAGCGGGACCGGAGUCACUCACCGCGCUGCCACCUGCAGGCCCUGCUGCGUCCGGGCCGGGCUCCUCUGCCAGCCCGCCGUCUCAGCGGGAGCGGAGUCACUCACCGCGCUGCCACCUGCAGGCCCUGCUGCGUCCGGGCCGGGCUCCUCUGCCAGCCCGCUGUCUCAGCGGGAGCGGAGUCACUCACCGCGCUGCCGCCAGCAGGCCCUGCUGCGUCCGGGCCGGGCUCCUCUGUCAGCCCGCUGUCUCAGCGGGAGCGGAGUCACUCACCGCGUUGCCACCAGCAGGCCCUGCUGCGUCCGGGCCGGGCUCCUCUGUCAGCCCGCUGUCUCAGUGGGAGCGGAGUCACUCACCGCGUUGCCACCUGCAGGCCCUGCUGCGUCCGGGCCGGGCUCCUCUGUCAGCCCGCUGUCUCAGCGGGAGCGGAGUCACUCACCGCGCCGCCGCCAGCAGGCCCUGCUGCGUCCGGCCCGGGCUCCUCUGUCAGCCCGCCAUCCCGGCGUGGCUCGGGAGUGGGGGUGGGGGCAGUGACUACGGGCAGGGGGGGCUCGUCCUCCCGGUCCCCACGGUCUGAGUCC